UCGCACAUGGCCUCGGGCUCUCCCUGCACUGUUAAGGUCAAAUAUAAAACCAACCCAAGCAAUAAAACCUGCUUUAUUUGCCUUAAAACUAGAGUGAGGCUCCAUCACAUCCACUGGCUCUUUGGGAGAACAGCUUCGUUUGGCCACAUCUGUGACUGCAACCUUCCCUGAAAAUACAAUAGGAGCUGUUCUGACAGUCUGAAUGGAGACCAGCGAUGGCGUUAACCUGGCCGCAUAUAGACCCAAACAGCAUGCUCCCGCAGUAACGAAUGGGACGGCAACACCCGGAGGCUUCGAUGAGUCUGAUUACUACGGCAGUUACAAUCACAGGAUCAGCAUAGUGUCCCAGGGAUCUGAUGCUCUGACUGGCUACGAGACCCUGGAUGCCCCGCCACACUAUGACUUCUACGGCAACACGGAGGCCUGGGGCCGACGGAGGCGCUUCAGACCGUCGCUGUACCAGCUGCACGCCAACCCUGAGGAUGACUACAAACCUCCCAUGUAUGAGGAGACAACGGGCGAACAGGUGGAUGGAGGAGACAGCUCAGAGGAAGAUGAGGACGAGCUGAAGGAGCCGCCGGAAGAACCCACUCGUUUUGGCUGGGUCCAGGGAGUCAUGAUCCGCUGCAUGUUAAACAUCUGGGGAGUGAUCUUGUACCUGAGGCUUCCAUGGAUCACUGCGCAAGCUGGUAUAGGUCUGACCUGGGUGAUCAUCCUGCUGUCCUCUUGUAUUACCGGGAUCACUGGUCUCUCGACCUCAGCCAUCGCUACCAAUGGCAAAGUCAAAGGAGGUGGGACUUACUUCCUGAUCAGCCGCAGCCUCGGCCCAGAACUCGGCGGGUCCAUUGGUCUGAUCUUUGCCUUUGCCAACGCUGUAGCCGUGGCCAUGCACACGGUGGGCUUUGCGGAGACCGUUACAGACCUCAUGCGUGAACACGGAGCUGUGAUGGUUGACAAAACCAACGACAUCCGCAUCAUUGGCGUCAUCACCGUCACGUGUCUGCUGGCCAUCUCCAUGGCCGGGAUGGCAUGGGAGUCAAAGGCCCAAAUUCUGUUCUUCCUGGUCAUCAUGGUGUCGUUUGCCAGUUACAUCGUUGGAACAAUCAUGCCUGCUUCAGUUGAGAAACAAGCCAAAGGUUUCUUUAGCUACAAAGCCGACAUCUUUGCUACUAAUUUCGUGCCCGGCUGGCGGGGGCCAGAGGGCAACUUCUUUGGCAUGUUCUCCAUCUUCUUCCCCUCUGCCACUGGGAUCCUGGCAGGAGCAAACAUCUCAGGAGAUCUGAAGAAUCCAGCAGUGGCCAUCCCAAGAGGAACACUGAUGGCUAUAUUCUGGACUACAGUAUCCUACAUCAUCAUCUCUGCUACCAUUGGAUCUUGCGUUGUGAGGGAUGCGUCUGGUGUAUUGAACGACACUCUGUCUUUGUCCACACCUCCUGAGGACUGCGUCGGCUUGGCUUGUGGAUACGGCUGGGACUUCACUGAGUGCAUCAACAAUAGGACAUGCGUCUAUGGCAUCAGUAACUACUAUCAGUCGAUGAGCUUGGUGUCGGCCUUUGCUCCUCUCAUCACUGCCGGUAUAUUUGGGGCCACCCUGUCUUCUGCUUUGGCCUGUCUGGUGUCUGCUCCCAAAGUUUUCCAGUGUCUGUGUAAGGACAAGCUCUACCCUCUGAUUGGAUUCUUUGGCAAAGGUUAUGGAAAGAACCAGGAGCCUCUCAGAGCCUACCUGCUCACGUACCUCAUCGCUGCCUGCUUCAUCCUCAUUGCUGAGUUAAACACCAUCGCUCCCAUCAUCUCCAACUUCUUCCUCUGCUCCUACUCCCUGAUCAACUUCAGCUGCUUCCACGCCUCCAUCACCAACUCUCCAGGCUGGCGCCCGUCCUUCCGGUUCUACAGUAAGUGGCUGUCUCUGCUGGGCGCUGUGUGCUGUGUGGUCAUCAUGUUCCUGUUGACCUGGUGGGCGGCCCUCAUUGCCUUUGGCGUUGUCUUUAUCCUGUUGGGAUACACUCUCUACAAGAAGCCAGCUGUGAACUGGGGCUCAUCAGUGCAGGCCAGCUCCUACAACCUCGCUCUGAACCAGUGUGUGGGGCUCAACCAUGUGGAGGACCACGUCAAGAAUUACAGACCCCAGUGUUUGGUACUGACCGGUCCUCCCAGCAGCCGUCCUGCUCUGGUGGAUUUCGUCAACUGUUUCACAAAAAGCCUCAGCCUCAUGAUGUGUGGAAAUGUGGUCACGACCAGUCCCUCUCCGUCAGCGGUGGAGAAGGCGAGCGGUGAAAGUCACGUCUCCUGGUUGAACCAAAGGAAGGUCAAGUCCUUCUACAGAGGGGUGGUGGCCGCAGAGCUGAGGACCGGAGUUAACAUAUUGCUACAGGGGGCAGGUCUGGGUCGCAUUAAGCCCAACGUCCUGCUGAUGGGUUUCAAGAAGGGCUGGCGGAGUGACACACCUCAGACUGCGCACAACUACAUAGGGAUUCUGCACGACGCAUUCGACCUGCAGUACGGCGUGUGCGUGCUGAGAAUGAGGGAGGGCCUGGACAUUUCUCCUCCGCCCACGUCCCACGUGAAUCCAGGUUUCGAUUCAGGACCGGAGAACAUAAACACCACCGACCCAGCCUCUUCCCCCAUUCAAACAAGCACUACAUCUUCAGCGGCCAUCCCCAUUGAACCGGAGCCACAGCCGAGUACAGUGUUUCAGAAGAAACAAGGGAAGAAGACCAUUGACGUGUACUGGCUGUCAGACGAUGGAGGUCUGACUCUGUUGCUGCCCUACUUGCUGACACGCAGAAAGCGCUGGGCCCAGUGUAAAGUCCGAGUGUUUGUCGGGGGAGACCCGGAUAAAAGGGAUGAGCAGAAAGAGGAGUUGCUGUCACUGAUCAAGAGGUUCCGUCUUGGUUUCGACGAUGUUGAAGUUCUUCCUGACAUCUACCAGAGCCCUCAGCCUAUGAACAUCCUUCAGUUUGAGAACAUGGUCGCCCGCUUCAGGCAGGACGCGAACCCCAAACGAGAUGCCGACUCGAGGCCGUCGAGGCAGCAGGAGGAGCCCUGGAUGAUCACUGACCAGGAUCUGGAAAGAUGCAAGGCCAAGACUCUCCGUCAGAUCCGUCUAAAUGAGGUCCUGCAGGAUUACUCCAGAGAGGCUGCUCUGAUUGUCAUCACGAUGCCGGUGGGGAGGAGAGGAGUUUGUCCCAGCACGCUCUACCUGGCCUGGCUCGACUUCCUGUCACGUGACCUGAGACCUCCGGUCCUAAUGGUCAGAGGGAACCAGGAAAACGUUCUCACCUUCUACUGCCAGUAAAAUGAGUCAAACGGAUAGUGCAGUUACCCUCUAGACUGUUAUCAAUAAUCUGAUCUAGCAACGGAACAGGUUUUUGUUUAUUUGUGUUAUUUGUGUUUAAUGAUUAAGAGAUUUUAGAAGAUGCAGGAGGAAAACCAUGCAUAGCCUUGGUGCACAUGAAGUUAUUUGCUGCCUUUACUGAUAUUUAAAAAUCAGUCACUUCGAUUUAAACAAACGUUAACUGCAACUGUAAACUGUGCUGCAAAUUUACCAAUCGAGUUCCAAAUUCAAGGAUUAUUCCCAUCUAUUACAACCUGUCAUAUUGCCCAUCAAUCCACCUACAAGAAACUAUUAUUCAAAUAAACCGGAAUUAUACUUUAAUCAUUUAUCUGCAAGCUAAUUAAUCUGAUAUCAGAAACACAAUUAACCUAUUUAUCUGAAAACAGAUUCAUGUUGUUAUCUAGAUUUGUUGAUGUACUUGUGUUUGUUGCAGGUGGCUCUAUUGAGUUAUUUUACCCUUAUAACUCCAAACGUAUCUAUAUAUAUGUGAUAGAUUAGAUUCUGAGACCUCUUAAAAAACAAUUCGAUACUUGUCAUUUGCUGCUGGAGAAUUUAUGCAAGUAUGCAUUCAGCAGCUUUUGGCUGCUUUCACUGUGAUUAUUGUUUUUCUUGUUGUUUUUUGUUUGUUUGUUUGUUUUGCGGUGCAGUGAAUAGGUUACAUAAAGAAUAUCCUUUAUGCUGGCACUGAUGCUGCAAAUAUGAAUAUUAACUUUAUGAAAACAUUGUGUUAUGUAUUAUAUUAUAGAAAAUUAAUGUUGUAAAGUCGUGGAUCAAAUGUGAUAGAGCAGGUAUUAAUUAUCAACAAUUAUUUUUUUAAUCUAUUUUUUGCCAAUUUGUCAGAUUUAAUUUAACUGAUUACUUAGAAUAUUAAAAUAUGU